GGGAGCGGUGCGGAGCCAUCCCCCAGCCCGGCACGUGGGUCUGGACCGGCAGAGGCGGCUCCGAGCCUCGGCGCUGGGGUGACAGAGGACAUGGCUCCGCUCAGGGGUCCCAAGCCGGAGCCGCAGCCGGGGCCGGGCGCGGAGGCGGGCUCCGCCGGGCGGCGCUUCACGUGGGAGCAGAUCGCGGCGCGCACGGGCCGGGGGCAGCCGCCGCAGCCGCGCUGGCUGGUCAUCCACAGGAAGGUCUACGACAUUAGCCACUUCCACCGGCGGCACCCGGGCGGCGCCCGCGUCAUCAGCCACUACGCCGGGCAGGACGCCACGGAACCCUUUAUAGCUUUUCACACCAAUAAGGAGCUGGUGAGAAAGUACAUGAGCUCGCUACUGAUUGGGGAGCUGGCACCAGAUCAACCAAGUUUUGAGCCUAAAAAAAAUAAAUUGCUGGUAAAAGACUUCCAUGAGUUGCGUGCCACCAUUGAGAGGACGGGACUCCUCAAGACAAAUCAUCUCUUCUUUUUCCUGCUUUUCCUGCACAUUCUCCUGUUGGAUGUUGCUUCCUGGUUUGUUCUCUGGUAUUUUGGAACAUCUUUAGUGCCUUUCCUCAUUUCUGCAGUACUGAUGACGAUUGCUCAGUCCCAAGCUGGUUUUCUGCAGCAUGAUUUGGGACACCUUUCUGUUUUCAGCAAUACCAAGUGGAAUCAUUUGGUUCAUGAAUUUGUGAUGUGUCAUUUGAAGGGGCUUUCAGCAUCCUGGUGGACUCUCCAUCAUUCUCAGCACCAUGCCAAGCCCAACUGCUUCAAUAAAGACCCUGAUAUUUCUAUGCAUCCCUUAGUAUUUGCUUUGGGGAAGAAACUCUCAGUGGAGCUUGGCAUGCAGAAGAAGAAAUAUAUGCCUUAUAAUCACCAGCACAAAUACUUCUUUAUUAUUUUUCCAGUUUUGGUGGCUGUACUAUUUCAAGGAUACUCUUUGUACUUCAUAGUCCAACGCAAAAUUUGGAGGGAGCUAGCUUGGACUCUGGCCUAUUAUAUCCGACUCUUUUUUGCCUUUGAGCCGUUGCUGGGAAUUAAGGGUCUCUUGGGUUUCUUCCUGCUAUUCAAGCUCUUGGAGAGUACCUUGUUUACCUGGAUUUCCCAGUCGAACCAUAUCGCAAUGCACAUAGAUUAUGAUAACAACAUGGAUUGGUUUUCUACACAGCUCCAGGCAACAUGCAACGUGGACCAGUCUCUGUUCAAUGACUGGUUAACUGGACACUUGAACUUCCAAAUAGAGCACCAUCUUUUCCCCACAAUGCCUCGACACAACUAUUGGAAGGUGGCUCCGUUAGUGAAGUCUUUGUGUGCCAAACAUGGUAUUGAGUACAAGAGCAAGCCCCUGCUCUCUAGCUUUGCAGAUAUUUUACACUCCCUGAAGGAUUCAGGGGAACUCUGGCUCAAUGCCUAUUCACAUGGAUAAGAAAAAGUAACUUCUACGGAGAAACCAUAUUUGAUUGCUAUGAAUAUGAGAAGUCAGUAGAGGAGAAGCAGAUUUAGGCUGAUAUGUGGGCCUCUUUUUCAGGUGGUGGAUAUGGUGAGCUUAAUUCCAGUGUGAGUGUAAGGUAUUUUACCUAUCAAGGUCUUGGGUACAAGGGUGGUAUGAGUGUAUGAAUCCACUGGGUGUCUAUCAUUCCAUGGUAAAUCAUACUUUAGCAAUGGCAAUAGCAGUGUAUCUCUGCUGACAUUUCUAUGUUGUAUGCAUAGGAGUGAGACAUAUUUAGUUAUACCCUGUAUAAAGCAGUUAAGAAAGUAAGUACAACAAGACAUUUUAUGGGAAAAGAGAUAAUUGGAUCAGGAAGAGGUAGAAACUGGAGAGACAGAGAAAAAAGCAGGCAUUGAGAAAGAUGAAGAGGAGCUUUUUAAGGCUAUAGUUUUAACCUGACAACUGUAUACUAAAUAUACAAACCCAAAGGUGGGUGCAAGAUCAUAUGGUGUGGACAUGAAGCUAGAGAGGCCACACUGGAUAAAUUCAGAUGCUAAGUCGUAAUGGUCAAACUCUAGUAUUAGCCAACAUGCAAGCAUUAUUAGUCAUGGGACCAGAUAGGAUUAUAUAAGAUUAGAGCUAUUGUCACAUCUAGCGAGCCAUUUAUGAGUGUACUUUUGUGAUCAUGUAUGUAAAACAUGUGUAAGCACCUGGAUCUCAGAUUAUACUGGAAAAUGCAAAGGAUGACUAAAGAGUUUGCUUUUGCUUUGCCUGUAGGCAAAUCCAGUUGAAUGAAAAAGUUAAUGAAAAAAAUUACUGAUAUUUUUUGGGCUUGUGGGAAUAUACUUUAUCCACAGGGAGUUCCAGUUCCAUUAUUGUAACAGUUAAAAUGCCCCUACAUAUUUUGUUUAGGAGAAGACUUACAAAAUUCAGAAGCAAAUUUAUACCAUUGCAAUUCCAUUCUUAUUCUAUCAGAAGGUCAAGAGUAGACAGAUGUCCCUGACACCUUGAUCCUGUGCUCCUGUGAUUGUUCACAUGGUAUAGCCUAAAAAGUGAAUCCAAAGGUUGCAGUCUGUCUCCCUGACUUUUGUUAGAGAGAGAAAAGAGUUGCUAGCUCAAACAUGGUGUCUGAUCAAUAAAUGGGGUUGAAUCAUUUCUGUCCAAAAUGGCCAGUGUAACAGAUUCAGAGCCCUCAGGACAGCACCCCUGUCAGCAGGGAUCAAACUUGCACCAUCCUUCCCCAGAACCACAAUCCUAGGCACUACCUGAACUAAGGGAGACUCUUAGCUGUAACUAAUGGCACACUUCAGAUUCCAUCUAGCCAGGAGAGAACAAUGAUCUACACAUAUAGCAGUCAGCAUAUUACACCUGAUUGGUUCUUGGGUUACAUGCUUCUGAGAGGGAAACCCCACAUCGUUCACUCAAAAGGAAUGAUAGCUUUAGCUUUUGAUUUUCUAUUAAUAUAUUAUUGCCAUAAUAUAUGAAGAAACAUACUAUCCUUCCCCCCCAGCAGAGACCUAGAAUGAAUUUAAAAAUUGAUGUUACAUUUGUGGGAAAUAAUCAUACAAUGUAGUAUAUAAUAUUUUUCAUUCUUACGAUAUGUAAUUUCUAUUAACAAUAAAUAACAGUCUUGGUUUCUGUAAGUUUAAUGCAGCUGUCUGUCUCUUGCAGGGUAGUUCUAUUCCAGUGUUUUUCAACCAGGGUGCCAAAGCACCCUGGGGCAACAUGAGAUACUCUCAAGUGUGCCACAGAGUGCCAUACAAUGUUUUCCCACUUAACAGGGCUAAUGUGAUUCACAAGGUAAAGAAUGAUUCAUAAUAUAAAGAUAUGAAUCGAUAGAGUUAAAAACAUUUUGACUUGUUAUGACCUUUCUGAGUUCUUUGCAACAGAAGAAUUGUGCUAUUAUUUUUCCAUCAUUGCUUUUGAAGAUUUCCAGGGUUGGAGAUUGCACAGCUUCUCUAGGUAGCCUGUUCUAAUGCUUGACCAUGCACAUAGAAACUUUAUCCUGAUCUCCAACCUAAAUUAUCCCUGCUGCAGCCUGAGGCCAUUGCUUCUAGUCCUGUCGCCUCAUGGCAUAUAAGUUUAGUACUGAAAUAAACUAGUAUUUUAGCCUUAAGGUAACUUGAAUUAAAACAGACAUUGGAACCAGACAGAAAGUGUUCUUUCUGUAAAAACCCAACUAGAUCUGGAGCAUCACUCCUGAAAUACCAGUAGUAAUGUGCUCAGAAAAAUUAAAGGAUCUGUAAAAAACAGGGGCCAGGGUUAUUGCUUGAAAGGAUUAGAGAUUUACUGGUACAUACAAAGGUAUACCUGUUUUCAUCUCAGUGUAAAAGCUUCCCUUACAAACCCAUUCUUCACACUGAUUUCAAGUCUACAAAUGUUUCAAAACAUGCUCAUAUCCUACAUUUUAUAAGGCUAAAGUGGUAUAUGCUAGCAAACCAAAUCUAUUUGGUGCAGUCUGUUGAUCCCAAUAGGCUACACAAUUUCUUGGAGGUCAGAAAGGAUUUUCAAAGGCUGGAGUUCAACUUUCUCAUUUAUAUAUUAUCCUUUAUAAACUAGGAAGACUUAAACACCAUUUUCUCUGCCUAUCUCAUUUUCCCUUUGAGCUGUACAGUCCACCUACACAUGUGGAAGAUAAAUUGUAAUGAGCCAUAAAACCACUGUCUGUAUCAAGUCCAUGGUUUUCAAUAUUCAGUAAAGUUAUGAAUUUUUGCUCCAA